AUUCGCUCUUUUUCUCUGUAAUCAAAAAUCAAAAUUUGUCAGUUUUAUUUUCUGAGAAAGUUAAGGAAUUGUAUUGAAUCUGCAGAAGGUAUGGAUAGAUAAAAGAACUAGUGGUGUUGUCUUUGUUUUUCUUUUGUUGAGUUUUUCGUUUCUUCUUUUGUUGUUGUCUUUGUUUUUGAGACAAAACCACGAGAGAUUUCAAAACAAUAUCAUUACAAUGCCACAUAUACACAUACAUAUCUCUCGUAUUCUUCUAUUUUUCUCUUUGUAAUUCAUUCCAAACUUAAAUUAUUCUUGUUCUUGUACAUCUUAAGAAAAUGUUCUACCACUAAAACACUAAUCUUUCUUAAGGACCCAUGAGGAGUUUUGUACCAUUGGACAUGAUAAAACGUUACAGCUCUAAAAAAAAUUUAAUUUUCAAAAUUUUGAAAACUUAUAAUUAAAAUAAAGAUAAGCAUCUAUGAGAGGUUCUUACCGAUGGAGAUGGUCUUAGAAUUGUUAAAAACCCCUACGUGGCGUUUUCGUAUUGGCUACUCAUAAAAGACAAAAGGCCCGUCUCUCUCUUCAUCCUCCUCCAAAUCCUUCGAAGAAAUCAUCGUUGCCGGAAAAGUAUCCUUGAAGUAUCCAUGAAGUUCCCCAAUUUAAUCUUCCUUAUAAAUUGAUCAAACCCAACAACUCUACUUUCGUUCCCAGAAAUCUGCAAAAAAAAAUGGAGAAAGGAAUCGAGAGACAACGAGUUCUUCUUGAACAUCUCCGUCCUUCUUCCUCACACAGUUUCAAAGGCUCUCUCUCUGUCUCCCUACGUGACACCGACCCAGGGUUCCCCGUGUUAGACUAUCGGCCCGUAGGCGCGACAGGGCAGGGGUCCACGGAUUAGCAGUCGGGCACUUGGACUAGCCGCGUGGGCGGCCAAACGGCUCUCCACGCGUUGGCUCCUGAAACGCUGCGGCCCGUAUUUGAAUACCGCAGUGGCCGGGGUUCAAAGUCGAGAUGGCGGGCACCCCAGCCGAGGCUGCUUGCUUGGCUUGGGACAGUGCUGCCUACCAGAGGACCUCUCUCUAUGGAGAUGAUGUUGUCAUUGUCGCGCACAUAGGACUGCACUUUGCAAGUCCAAACGUGGCAACUUCAAGGAUACUUUUCCUGAUGAUCACUUUGCAAGUCCAAAUGUGGCACCGUCAUCAGACCAAGAGAGUGAAAGACAUUUUUUGUCCACAUGUUUGGAGAUCGACGAUGGGAUUUUGUAGCGAAAGUGUCAGGUUUGAAUAGAACAGGGAAGAGUUGCAGGUUAAGGUGGGUUAACUACUUACAUCCUGGUCUCAAACGUGGUAAGAUGACGAACCGAUAAUGAGAUAAAGAAUUACUGGAGGACUUAUAUGAGGAAGAAGGCACAGGAAAAGAAGAAGAGACCUAUGUCUCCAGCUUCCUCGUCUUCAGACUGCUGCUCAUCAUCUAUGACCACUGCAACUACUAAAAAACGAGUGUAUUGUGUGUCUCAAAAGUUUUCCAAAAUAUUGCGUUUCACUUGCAACAAAUCAUUUCACCAAAAUAUUGUGUCUCUUACCAUUGCAACAAACCAUUUCAACAAAAAAUUUUUUUAAGAACUUCAA